AUGGAUUUGCAGCUGGAACACCAGACAUCGCCAGAACACGACACCGAUGUUGGUCUGCAAAGCGGUGAAGAUGACGAUCCUCUGUAUGAAGAUGAGGAGCUCCAAGAUGGAGACCUAUCCGCUGAAGAAAUAAGAUUUUUGGGAGAGUUUCCCAGACUGAAACAUGAUAUAGAAGAGACCAUUGGAAAGCUUCAUGCGCUCGCAGAUGAUAGUGACAACAGCCACAAGACAUUCACCAAGACCAAAAUGGUGGUCUCCUCCAUGUCCGUUGUCUCUGAAGUUGCGGCCAUUCUGGGUUUAGUCCUGGCUCCAACAACAGGAGGAGGAAGCCUGCUGUUCUCCGUCGCUAGUCAUGGUUUGGGGACAGCAGCUGGUGUCGCCAGCAUUGUGAAUGGCAUGUGGAAUCGCUCUCGCAAUAAAAAAGCCCAAGUGCAGGCUUCUGAACUUGUGCCCACCCAGGAUCAAGAGGACGGGGAAGCCGAGACUAUCAUAGAUUCCGGUACGCUUGUCUAUAAAGUUGGAACAGCUGUCAAGAAUAUCAAGAGGGACAUCCGUGCCUUAAAGACAGCCAAAAACUCCCCGCGCUUGGUUAAUGCUGCCAAGCGUCUCCAGACCACUGGUCGAGUCUCAGCCCGAACCAGCAAGCAGGUGCAAAAGGCCUUUGGGGGGACAACACUGGCAAUGACAAAACAUACUCGUAUGCUGGGAGGUACGAUGGCUGUCUUGUCCCUUGGCAGUGACUUGGCUGCUCUCUCCAAUGACUGGAAGCAACUGAAGGAGGGGACAAGGACCGAGUUUGCAGAAUACCUGAGAGCCCAUGCUGGGAGACUGGAAAGGAAACUGACAGAACUCACUCAGCAGUAUGAGAGCCUGCAGCAGGUGAGGUCAUGA